AUGCUCUCUCUCACCUCUUACAAUAUUGCUGCUGCCGGAAAGCGUUCUGUUAGAUAUCUUUCCCUAACUUCCGACCUUGCCAAGCUAAUUGAAACCAAACCGUUACACCCCGUGGUGGUAGUCGGUGGUGGUCAUGCAGGAGUUGAAGCCGCUGCAGGCUCUGCCCGCACAGGUACAUUACUUAAAGAGGUCGAUGCGCUGGAUGGCAUUGCUCCUAGAAUUGUCGAUAAGUCUGGAAUCCAAUUCAAGAUUUUGAAUAGAUCAAGGGGAGCUGCCGUUUGGGGCCAUCGGGCUCAAAUCGACAGGAAACUAUAUUUGACUGAGAUGCAGAAAUUUUUGAAGGACUAUCCUAACCUUCAGAUUUUACAAGCAAAAGUCGAAGACCUGAUCCUUGACCGAUCUGUGAAUGAGUCAGGUGACAAACCCAACUAUGACACUAAAAUCUGUGGCGUGGUUCUGUCUGAUGGAGAGAUAUUGCGCUGUGAGAAGGUUGUGGUAACAACUGGAACAUUUUUGAGCGCGGAGAUCCAUCUAGGAUUGGAUACUUGGCCUGCAGGAAGGAUAGGCGAAGACCCGUCUUAUGGUCUGAGUAAAACUUUCCGUGAGGCAGGAUUUCGCCUAGGGAGAUUGAAAACCGGCACCCCUCCAAGAAUAUCUGCGAAAACUGUUGAUUACUCGAAGGUUGCCCAAGAGCCGGGCGAUAAUCCUCCAGAACCAAUGAGUUUUCUUAAUGAAAAUCCAGAUAUUAAGAAUCAGCUAUUAUGUUAUUCCACUUACACCACGCCAACCAUGCACAAAUUGAUACUCUCCAAUCUCGACAAAAGUGUUCAUAUUAGGGAAACGGUUAAAGGUCCUCGAUAUUGUCCUUCCAUUGAAUCCAAAUUAAUAAGGUUUUCAGAUAAGGCUAGGCAUAGAGUCUGGCUGGAACCUGAAGGCUUGGAUACAGACGUGAUGUAUCCAAAUGGAAUUUCGUGUACGAUGCCUCCGGAUAUCCAAGAGGCCAUGCUAAAAAAUAUCAUUGGACUCGAAAAUGUGAAGAUGCUUCAGCCGGGUUACGGUGUUGAAUAUGACUAUAUCGAUCCUCGGGAACUGAAAAGAACACUGGAGACUAAACUGAUCUCAGGCUUGUACUUAGCAGGCCAAAUUAACGGUACAACAGGCUACGAGGAGGCUGCAGCUCAAGGUAUUGUGGCUGGUAUAAACGCUGGUUUGCGUUUCCAGGAUAAAAAGCAAUUAGUUUUGGAUCGGGCGGAUGGCUAUAUCGGCAUACUCAUUGACGAUUUAAUUACAAAGGGUGUUGAGGAGCCGUACAGGAUGUUUACCUCAAGAUCAGAAUUUAGGAUCAGUGUACGCGCUGAUAAUGCAGACAUGCGACUCACGCCUAAGGGACAUGAAAUUGGUUGUAUAUCUGCACAACGCUGGGAUCAUUUUAGCAAAGAGAACAAACUUUAUCAAGAAAGCCUGGAAUUUCUGAAAAAUUACAAGCUUCCAUCACAAGAGUGGGCCAAACUUGUGCCUGGUCUUAAAAUCAGGACAGAUUCAUGCUAUAAAUCUGCAUUUGAUUUACUCCGUUAUGAUAAUAUGUCGUUAGAUUGCUUGAUUCCUGUUAUACACAAUAAAUCUCUGAAAGCACUACCGCGGGUGAUCAAACAGAAAAUCGAUAUUCAUGGAGAUUACCAAGGUUAUCUAGGCAGAGAAAAUGCGCAGAUAAGAGCUUUUAAAAGUGAUGAGAAUUUGGUGCUCCCUGUGAACUUUGAUUACACCAGUAUGUCAUCUCUUUCCUCAGAAGCAAGAGCUUUGCUUAACAAAUCAAAACCUGAAACAAUUGGACAAGCAAGAAGAAUUCAGGGCAUUACUCCCGCAGCAAUUUUCGACCUCUAUCGUUUGGCCAAACGCGUUUAA